ACCCUCAACUGGGAACCUCUUGUGGUCAGGAUGGGUAAUUCGAUGGAAGUGUCACAAGGUUCUUUGUAGGAUCGACUCCAGUCCAAGAGGUGUUCUCAUGACUGACACACAUUGUGUUUAUGGGAAAAUGUCCAAGUCAGGAGAAAAAGUGUGCACCCAAGGAGAUUCGAACCAGUAUCCUGCCGCUGACGCCAUAUGCGAAGUUGUACCGAUUCAGGUAAAAGUCAAUCAACGGAUACCCUGCUAA